AUGCCUCGCCUUAAUGGAAAGACCGCUGUCAUCACGGGCGGUGCCACCGGCAUCGGGUUUGCCACCGCCCAACGCUUCGUCGAAGAGGGUGCCUUUGUCUACAUCUUUAGUCGCCGCCAGGAUGUGCUCGACAAGGCCGUCAGCGCGCUGGGGUCUCAGGCGCGUGGUGUUCAGGGCUCCGUCGCCAAACUGGACGACCUCGACCGCCUCUACGCCACCAUCAAGAAGGAGCGCGGCAAGCUCGACAUCGUCGUGGCCAACGCCGGCACCGGCGGUCCACUCAAGCUGGGCGAGAUCACCGUCGAGCACUGCGACGACACACUGGAGACGAACAUCAAGGGCACUCUGUUCACUGUCCAGAAGGCCCUGCCGCUCCUGGGCAAGGGCAGUUCCAUCAUUCUGACCGGAUCCAGCGCGGGCACCACCGGAUCGCCCAACUUCAGUCUCUACUCCGCCAGCAAGGCUGCCGUGCGCAAUUUUGCGCGGACCUGGGCCGAGGAUCUGAUCGGCACGGGCAUCCGCGUCAACGUGGUGUCGCCCGGACCCACGGCCACCGAUCUGGCCAAGGCUGCUCUGGGCGAGGGGGGCCAAAAGGUCUUUGCGGACCAGAAUCCACUGCGGCGCAUGGCCGAGACGUCCGAGAUUGCCGCCGCGGUGGCCUUUUUGGCGUCGGACGACAGCAGUUUCAUGACGGCCAGUGAGGUGGCCGUGGACGGUGGACUGGCGCAGAUUUAA